UUAUCUCAGAAUCCCAUGACCCACACUGAUAAUCUGUUGUCACUCGUUGGUGAAGUCACUGAACCGGCUGACAAUGGAGCUGGGCAUACGCUAUGCUGCCACUGCCCUGCCACUGCCACUACACUGUCAGUCGCACGCCACCCGUUCUACCGCCAAGCCGCAAUGCUGCGUUACUCUCUCUUCGCUCGCGUGCUCGUAGUGUUUAUUAUCAAAUGUGUACUCUCUGUUGCCUCGCAUGAUUAUCACUUGGAUGAUAAUGUUAGAAAAGCUAUAAAGGAAGAGGUGCAGACCCUCUCAAAGCUGUUAGUAGCAGGCCAGAAGCCAGCAGUCCCUUGGUCUUCACUGUGUCCUCCCCCUGUCAAACCUCUCUCUGCCACUGCCUGCUCUGCCCACCCCUGCACUGCCAACAGCGAGUGUUCUCCCCGCCGUAAUCACACAUACAUCUGCUGUUUCAAUGGUUGUGUCGACACCUGCAUGAGAGCUCUUGAUCCUCCUCCAGUAUUUGACUGGAUUGAAGAUGAACCACAUGAUAUGAAACAGUUUGGAGUUCCAGGAAAAGUGGCCUCCCACUCUAGCCCACCUGAGUCUGUAGCGCUACCCGGUGGUUGUGUCAUCACCCCUUCACAGUUCGUCAGUCUUGAAGGUUUCAAGCAGAACGAGCACGUCUCAGAUUGUUUCUGCAAUAUUGGCGGUGUCUUCUGCCGAAUAGUCCAGUGACUUUCCAGUAAAAGACAACAAUUCCAGUGGUCUCAUUUAUGUCUGUGUUGCCAUCACAUCCACUUUUGUACUUAGUUUUCUACUCCUUAGUUUAAUAACUUAGAGUACCUGUAAAUAUUGUAAUAAAUUAUAUUUAUUAUUAUUUCAA